AUGGCCGAACGAGAACAACCCUACGACCCUUAUAUCCCCUCUGGCGGACAGGGCGGCGGUGCGCAGCCUGCCGGAAAUCAAAGAACGGCUGCUUUGCAAGCGCAAAUCGAUGACACCGUGGGUGUGAUGCGCGAGAACAUCAAUAAAGUAUCCCAGAGAGGCGAGCGCCUGGACUCACUCCAGGACAAGACCGACAAUCUUGCCGUUAGUGCCCAAGGAUUCCGAAGAGGCGCCAAUCGUGUCCGCAAACAGAUGUGGUGGAAGGAUAUGAAGAUGCGCAUGUGUCUGAUCGUCGGAAUCAUUGUUCUCUUGAUCGUCAUUAUCGUCCCAGCCGUGGUUGCUACCAGACACUAG